UCACACGAGGCAGAAUCUUUGCUUGUAAGUCGCAAUGGAUUGUGCUGCUAAAUAGUUUCGUUGAUAGUCGGUGCUAAUCCUACGAAUAUAUUUUGCGGCCAGCCUGAAAGUGAACUCCAGCCUGAAAGCGGACUUCCACUCCACUUCAUUACAAACUUCUGCACCAUAACACUGAGCGAGGUGACAUCGAAAGGCUUCUGGUGAAUCGGAGACUCGUGUUCAUAGUGGAAAACGGAUCUUUAUGUGAACCAGGAUUCGCUGCAUUGAGAUGAAGCUAUAACAACAGGAGUACAUAAUGUCCACCACCUGUAUAAAUCAUCAUUAAUGAAAAUCAUUUCAGAAUUACAAAUAAGUACCAUCGCUUGUUCUAGUGAGGCAUAAAUGUGUCCCAAUUAAAAUCUUUCUCGGUUCUAACGAUAAAAAGAUAUUCCAACUGAGUUUAACAUUUCGUCUGAUAUUCUCACUAAAAAUGAGCGGCACUGCAACUGUACAGAUUCAGAGUACAGCGGGGGCUGUAGCUAUAAAAAAUGAGAAAGGUGAAUUAUCUAUGCAGAAAGUUAAAGUGCAUAGGUAUGUGUCAGGUAAACGGCCAGAUUACGCUCCUGUGUCGAGUAGUGAAGAAUAUUCUGACGGCGAAGAUUUUACCGAGUUAAAACUAUUGCUUCCAAGUAACAAUAAAGGACUACUUCAAUUACCAGAUAGGACGUUUUCGCAACCUGAAGAUAUAUCCAGCGACCCAAGGCUUAGGCGACUACAGGCGAUACAAGGAAUUACCACAAUAAAGUGUCGGAGGCAUGAUGCAGCCGCAACAGCUGAAACUACAGACAACACGAUGACACACGAAGAAAACAAAACAGACAAUACUGACGAACAAAAAUCGGAGGAGACUAGAGAAGAUAAAGAAAAAGAAGAACACGGUGAUGAUGAUGAUGAAGAAGAAGAAGAACUGAGUGAUGCAGAAAUAGAGAGAAGACGUGAAUUGUUAAGAGAGAAGUUGUUGUAUCUGAGAGACGAAUUAGAUCUAAUGAAGACCGAGGAUGAAGAAGAUGAUGAAGAAGGCGGGCGGAAUACCAGCGACAGCAGUCAUUCUGGUUCGUCGGAGGACGAUGACACCAGUGACGCUGAAGACUCACAUUGUCCAAGACUGAAACCUGUGUUUAUACGUAAGAAAGACCGCACUACAAUCUUAGACAAAGAACGCACUGAGAAAAUGAUGAAGCAAGCGGAAAUGGAAGCGAAGAAAAACGCUGAAGAGAGACGAAAACAAGCCAUUAAACUAGUAGAGAUGACAGUGCUAAAGGAUAGGACGCUAUUAGACGCUAAGGAGGCGUCACUGGAAGAUGUUGAUACCGAUGAGGAAAAUGAUGAGACCGAAUACGAAAUGUGGAAACUGAGAGAAUUAAAACGUAUUAAGAGAGACAAAGAAGAAAGAGAACAACGCGAAAACGAGCAACUUGAAGUGGAGCAAAUACGAACUAUGACGGAAGAAGAAAGACGACUCAAUUUUCGGGCAAAUCCCAAAAGAGUUACCAACAAAGCCAUCAAAGGAAAGUACAAGUUUUUGCAAAAGUAUUACCACAGAGGGUCAUAUUACAUGGACGAAGAAGAAGAUUUAUACAAGCGUGAUUUCUCUGCUCCUACUCUGGAAGAUCAGUUUGACAAAACUGUUUUACCCAAAGUUAUGCAGGUGAAAAACUUUGGCCGAAGUGGUCGGACGAAAUACACCCAUCUUGUGGAUCAAGACACAACACAGUUUGAUUCACCUUGGAUCUCAGAAACAGCUUUGAAUCUUAAAUUUCAUGCUGCUUUAGCCCCCGGUAUGAAACAAAAUUUCGAAAAACCUUCACGACGAAAGCCGAACCACUAACCGAAUAGUUGAAAUGAAUUAUCACACAACCGAAUUCAAAUGUUCUCCGCUAUCAAUCAUUAGAUGCGCUGAAAGGUGGCAACAGUGUCACCCAGAGUUUAAGGAUGGGAACAGCAAUAGGUUAUUGCAUAUCUCAAAUUGGCCAAAUAAAAGACUGGACUCAAGGCCUGCGAAGGAGAGGCUUUACUGUGAUUAAAUUCAGCAAAACAUACAGCAUAUUCUUCGUUCAGGCAUGAACACGUCAUAAGAUAUAUUUAACACCUGCUUCAAAUACUAACAAAUACUGAAAAAUGAAUUUACAUAUAUAAUUAACAAAUAAGCACUAAAUUUGAAUCUUUCACAUUUUAAUAACCGUAAAUAUAUUUUUGAUGGUUGGAAAAUGACAGCAUAAGAUUUCAAAGGUUUCUCUUAUGUUUGUAGUGUUGAAAAAUUAUGCCAAAAUUUCUGCUACAGAGAGAAACAAAACGUUAUCUAAAGAAGUAGUAUUAUAAACUGGCAUUUUUAUUAUUUCCUUGUCUUCCCAGUUAUGUAAUAUGUGGACUACUUUGUAUUACAAACAUCAAGUAUCCGUCGUAUUAUAUAAACUGUGUUCCCUUCUUUUACAAAAUUAAAGAAAACGAGCUUUCAUAAG